AUGGCACCGAUUAUUGAGUUGGAUGUACCACGUGUGGCACGGUAUGUUUAUCUUAUUAUUUUACUUAUACUAGCGAAGAAAAUGUAAUGCUUGUGUUUAUGAACUGGAAAAUAUAGCACGUUUCAUACUGUUACUUUUAAUAGAAUACUCUUUCAGCGACACUAUACUUAAAUAUAAUGGUUGGGGCUACAACGACUCUUACUUUGCUUUAUCCAAGUCAAAAGACGCUUAUAUGACAGGAGAUAGAUACGAAAUCAGUGGGAAAAUUAUACCUAAUCUAAGGCCGUGGUUUGAAAACAAUAUGAAGGUUGAUUUGAACAAACCCACUCCAGCCGUUCCAUUCAACAAACUUACUAUACCUAAUCCUAUAAGUAACAACGAGUUUAUUGAGUUUUUGCAAAAUAAUUCAAUUUCAUUUUCUAACAAAGAUGUCUACCGCGUUAAUCGAUGUCAUGGCCAUACAGUCCAUGACAUGUUUGCAGUACGAUAUAACCAUUUGGAGAGAGUACCAGAUAUUGUUGUUUGGCCGCGGAACGAAAUGCAGGUUCAGCAGGUGAACUUAUUUUUGUGUUUGAGAUUUAAAAAAAUACACAAGCACUUAAGCGAAGUUUUUGGUGCAAAAAAAUUUAGUACCUAUUACGUACUUUCAAUAAUUUAGGUAGUAACAGCGGCCAACAAGUUCAACGUUGUUAUCAUUCCAAUUGGCGGGGGAACUUCGGUCACCAACGCUGUGAACUGUCCUAAUGAAGAAACCAGAACAAUUUGUUCGUUGGAUAUGCAGAUUAUGACCGACAUCCUCUAUAUCGAUGAGGCCAAUCUGAUAGCUAGAGUGCAACCCGGCCUCACUGGAAUCCAAUUGGAAAAGAUAUUAAAUGAAAAGGGAUUUACAUGCGGACAUGAACCCGAUUCACUUGAAUUCAGCACGGUAGGUGGAUGGGUUUCAACACGUGCGUCUGGAAUGAAGAAGAACAAGUACGGAAACAUUGAAGAUCUUAUUGUUCACAUUAACCUUGUCACAGCUAAAGGUAUCAUUCGAAAACAAUGUCAAGUUCCACGAAUUUCGGCCGGCCCUGAUUUGCAUCAGCUUGUACUCGGUUCCGAAGGAACUUUGGGGGUUGUUACCGAAGUCAGUAUGAAGAUAUUUCCCCUACCUGAAGUCAGACAGUUUGGUUCGAUUGUGUUUCCAAGAUUCUCAAAUGGAGUUAAAUUUUUAGAGAAGUGGCAAAACAGGUACGUACUGAUUUAUAUUAAACCUACUGGUAACAAGAAAAAUAACCGAGAUUUUCUUUUUAAAAAUUUACAGUUUAUAAUUUUUUAAAAUAAAAAGGUUUUAGCGCUGCCAGCCAGCAUCAUUGAGGUUAGUAGAUAAUGAACAGUUUAUCAUGGGUCAGUCGAUGAAAACUCAGUCGACCAGUUGGUUAUCUACGCUAUCAUCGUCGAUCAGCAAAGCUUACAUUACUAAAUGGAAAGGAUUUCAAGCAAGAAUUUUAGUGUUUUAAAUUUUAAAAUAAAAUCGCAUUUAUUUUAUUUAAAAAUUUUUUUUAAAGUAAAUUUUCAAAAAUUUAAGGUAGAUGAAAUGGUAGCAGCCACAUGCGUUUUUGAAGGAACGGCCGAAGAAGUGGCUCAACAGUCUAAACGGUUAUACGACUUGGCUUCUCAAUUUGAAGGUGUUAUAGGCGGUGAGGAGAAUGGUCGGUACGGCUAUCGACUCACAUUUGCCAUUGCUUACCUUAGGGAUUUGGGCAUGGAAUACGGAGUUAUUGGCGAAUCAUUUGAGACUUCGGUAGCCUGGGACAAAGUGGAAGCUUUGUGCCGGAAUGUGAAGGAACUUUUGAAACGGCAAGCUGCAGAACUCGGCGUUAAGUAUCCUAUUUUGAGUAGUUGUCGGUAAGCUUUUUUAAAAUUUUAUCUUAAAUUUAAAAAAUUAUAGAAAAGUUUUAUUUAUUAACAUAUAUUAUACUUAAAACAAGGAAGAGUUUAAACUAAGAAUUGUAUAACAAAACUUUUAAGUGUAACACAAGUUUAUGAUGCCGGUGCUUGUGUAUAUUUCUACUUCGGCUUUAAUUGCCAUGGUUUACAAGAUCCAUUGGCCGUUUAUGAUGCUAUUGAAGUAAGUUUUUAUAUUUCGUUACAGUAGUUUAUAAAAUAAUAAGAGGUCAUCCUAAAUUACACAAUGUUCUUAAAAGACAAAAGCUGCAUUACCUUACAUUAUGGUAAAUCUAAAUAGUCUUAAAGAAACCAUCAGAAAAAUUGUUGCGCAACUGUUCUUAUUUAAUAUUUGCCUUGAUUUAGAACGAAGAUAUUACUGCGAGUGCUGAUCUCAUUCUGAUUUUCUGCAGGGUACUACUUUUUACCUGCCACUUUAUAGGUAUAUAAAUGUGUACUCCGCUGUUAUAGUGCCUCAUUACUAAUUAUUUCCAAAUCUAAGUUAGCUUAAUUUAAGCCUAAGUUAAGCCUAAUUUAAGCCUAAGUUGAGCCUAAUUUAAGCCUAAGUUGAGCCUAAUUUAAGCCUAAGUUAAGCCUAAUUUAAGCCUAAGUUAAGCCUAAGCUAAGCCUAAGCUAAGCCUAAGAUAAGCCUAAGCUAAGCCUAAGCUAAGCCUAAGCUAAGCCUAAGCUAAGCCUAAGCUAAGCCUAAGCUAAGCCUAAGCUAAGCCUAAGCUAAGCCUAAGCCUAAACUAAGCCUAAUCUAAGCUUAAACUAAGCCUAAAUAAGCAAAAGUGUUGCGCAACUUUUCUUAUGUAAUAUUUUUACUUUUGUAAUAGUUGCCUCGUGGUAAAACGACCUAACCUAUUACUGCGAGUGCUGGGAUCUCAUUCCGAACUCCUGCAUGAUGCUAUUACUUUUUACCUGCUGCUUUAUGAGUAUAAAUCUGUACUCUGCUGUUAGAGAGCGUCAUUAUUAAUUGUACCUAAGCUAAGCCUAAGCCAAGCCAAGCCUAGCCUUAUUAUUUUACUGUACAGAAUUACGUUUUAUGGUCCAUUUAUGAGUAUUGAAACCCGUUCUGUGCAUCUGUAAACUCAUUAUUAGCAAUAUAACACGUCAUGUACUUAUUUUAAAUUCCAGGUAUCAGCGCGCGACGAAGUAAUCUCAUGUGGUGGAAGCAUAUCACACCAUCACGGCAUUGGUAAACUUCGAAAACGCUGGCUACAAUCUACGAUCAGUUCCACUGGCGUCAAUGUCCUAAAGGCAUUGAAACAAGAACUGGAUCCCAAGAAUAUAUUUGCUGCCAAUAAUUUGUUUGAUUCUUCUGACUUUAAAUCAAAGUUGUAAAUUGUUGCAGUAUAUUGUUGUUUUUCAUAAAAUUAUUGACAAACUUUUUACUUGGUAUGCACAAUUUUACAAUUUUUUUUAUUUAUUUGUGUUGCCGUUUAUAUUACAUUUCGAAACUAAACAACGUAUCAAUAUAAAACCAAAAAUGUAAUAGAUAUAUGUUAUUUUAACACAACCGUCAUCACGUCUUUAAUGUUCGCUUAGCAAAACAAUUUUUGCCCACUAAUAGUAAGUAAAUAAACGGAAGUUUGGAUGCCACAAUACACAUUAAAAGGCCGCUUCUGUUAUGUCCUUGAGAUUACUUAAGAUGGUUUUGCCUUAAACAAUACAACACGUUUAUUAUGUAUUAUUAUGUGCUCAUGUACUCAAGAGCAACAAUUUUUAUAACAUUUUAAAAAAUUAUAAAUUGUUGCUUUCAUACUACAAUAUUCUCAUCGCUUUACUAUUAAUACGGCAAUAUAAAUUUUUUGUAGCAAAAAAAUAUAUUUUUCAAGUCAGAAUGAAUACGUUCUUGCAGACAAAGAAAAUUGAGGUCUUGGAAGUUUUUGCACUGGCCAAAACAGCAGGCAAUUUAGCGUUCACACUUAACUUUUUUCUUUUUUUGGCCGUUUUUAUUGUUUUGCUUUUAAAAACGUGAAUUUUAUGUUACAGAUAACAUUUUAUGUUAAAAUUUUUUAUUAUUUAUUGCUAAACUGAUUUUUCCUUACUAAUUCGCUCGCUUUUAUUAAGAAAAAUGAACAAGGAAAAAUGUUAUAUCGUAUAAAACGGCUUUGCGGCAUGCAAAUUGUUUCUUUGCAAGCUGCCAAAACGCUUUUUAUUUCUUCGUCAGAAUUUUGGAAGAGUGAGCAAGUUCGUGCUCAAGGUUUUCUUGACUUUUUUUCUCAAAUUUCACACAUUUAGUCGACCUCGUUGUUCUUUUGUUUGCACGAGCCAAAUAUAUUAUAAUAUCAAAACAGCUUCUGUUGUGUUUAUACAGUGUAUUUAAUUCGCUGGGGCCGUGAUUCAUCUUUUGGUAAAAUGAGGAGGAAUAGGAAUUAAUUUUCCUGAUCGAAUAUUUUCAAAUAUUUGGUAAAAGUCUGGAGUUUCUUAAGGAAUUUAAGUUAAUUUUUGCGUUUUUCUUAAUUUAGAUUUAAAAAAUUAUUUUCGGGUAUUUUUCUCAUGUAAAUUCCGCGGAGUUUUGAAUGUUAAGCAUGAAAAGUCUUGUUAUACAAUGUUUUUAGGCGUUCGAACACAUUAAUGAUAUCGUAAUUUACUAUAUUUUUUGUAUACUGCAUUUACGAGAUCCUUGACGUAGGAUCGAUCUCACACAACUAACUUGAGCUUUGCUUACCGAACGAACAAAGUGAAUUCCACAACGUCUAGCGGGUACGGGCCGGGUCCCGGAAAGUUUCCCACUGAUUUGGAGCCGCGGCACGUCCGCAACGACAGUACGCAACGUUUGUUGAAGGCGCAGGUGGACGAGCACGAGGUGCAGAAGACCCCAGCACGCAACUUUGUUGUUCGACAAUCGGGUGCUGACUUUCGGAAGGAGCACAACGUGAGUAUUUUUAAUAAUCUUUUUUGUUUUUAGAUAAGACUAUAGUGGGAAAAGACUUUUUUAAAGCUGAAUUGUUGCCUAAACGCUUUUUUGUUGAAGUGUCACCAGGGACGUCGCUACGGUUUUUCUCUGGGGGGCAAAAAAAUUUUUUGGUCCACAGGCGAUUUUUCGCAAAAUUUUUUUUUUCGUUUUUUCACGUACAGGUACCUACCUGUGGAUUUUUUCGGAUGGGCUCUGGGGGGGAGUCACCCCGAACCACCCCCCCCAAACGACGUCCCUGAGUGUCACCUAAAAACGUUUAUCUUUCAUUUUAUUUUACAGAUUCAUGUUGAGCCGACUCUGUAUCUCAAAUCUUCAGCUCCAGCACGUCGGCCAGUGUUUACCAUGAAGAGGGCGGUUAAGUCGAUCGGACAGGCAAUGCCAGCUCUAUUUACUUGGUUUUUAAUAUUGGGAUGUACAUCAGCAUUUUUCUAUCUAGUAGUACCGGCAAUUAUAAAACAGUUGGGCACGCUAGGAAUGGUUUUAUCGUCGCUUGACCUAUUAUUCUUCUUAUUCUUGAUUGCCAACCUUUUUAUGGCAACGACUAUGGAUCCAGGACGACAUCCAGCUGGUAAAUUGAUUAUUAUUUUAUACACCUUGUACUUUAAAUUGACAUUACACUUUACAAAAUUCUUUCAGCAAUAGCUUCUGAAGAAUCCGUUGAUGAUUUUCGUUCACCGCUGUACAAAAACGUCGAAGUUAAUGGUAUUACAGUACGAAUGAAAUGGUGUGUUACAUGUCGCUUCUAUCGACCUCCACGAUCUUCACAUUGUUCAGUAUGUGACAAGUGUAUUGACUGCUUUGACCAUCACUGCCCGUGGGUUCACAAUUGUGUCGGACGAAGGAACUACAGAUACUUUUUCUUAUUCUUAAUAUUCCUAACAUUGCAUAUGAUCUCAAUAUUCAGCUUGUGCCUUACCUUCUGCCUUACUACUGGGUAAGUUUUGUUUUUGAUCUUUAGUUAGUUUCUUUGAAUAAGUUAAACAAAAAUCAUAUUUUAGAGUAAAUCUUCGACACGAAUACUUAUCACCGCCUUAUCUCUGCUCACUGAUCUUAAUGGGAUUGUUUGUCUUACUGUGCUUCCCCAUAAUCGGUCUGACUGGUUUUCAUGUGGUAUUGGUGGUGCGAGCACGAACUACUAACGAACAAGUAACGGGUAAAUUCCGAUCAGGCUACAAUCCUUUCACCGAAGGCUGUUGGCAGAACCUAGCUAAAGCAUUGUGCACAAGUCAGUAUCCUAACUACGAACUUCCUAAAAAAGUGGCACUAAAGCAGUCGGAUAGCUUAUCAGUGCUCUACGUACCGGAUAAUAAUAGUAAAAAGGAUGGACAUAUACCUGUAAGUUUAACGUUUUGAGUUUUUUUGCUUUUAGAUCAUAACUUACUCGAGAGGUUUGUAGCUUAGUCUAAAAUGGGUCGUUGUUUUAAAUUUUUUGUUUUUAAACUUGACAACUGAAAAUUUUUGAGUUAUUGUGUGUGUAGAACUUAUAAGGGUACACUGUUUAUCAUAACAUGCUUAAAUCCAUUAUUUUCAGAUGCGAAACAUGAUCACGGUCAGCUCACCACAGAACAAAGACGUUGCAAACGUAACUGUUUGA